AUGAGGUCGUGUGGGGCCGCAGUGUUGAUCUACACUCUUCUCGCCACGCUCACCGCGGCGGGCGACCUCGUCGGGGCUGCGCCUGCGCCCACCACAAGUGCCCGAGAGUCCCGGCAGAUGCACAAGCUUUGGGUCGCGAUUUACCUGAACGCCACGGCGUGCUCCGCGGCCGCAUCGAUCCCACAGUCUUUUCUGGUGGCAUUUGAAAAGGACUUGCGUGAGCGCCUCCUCCGCCACAUGCCGUUGCUGCGUGGUGCCGCCUCCGCAAACCACUCUUCCACUGGCUCCGUGUCUUGCGCUGCUCCCUGUUUCCCUUCCCGGGGUGCGGCGGCGGUGGAUGCCCCCCGGGGACGUGGGGCCGCCUGCUCCCACUAUCCCCCUGCACUUUUUUUGCAAGUGGGAGGUUGA